AUGACCUCCAGACACCUGGCUGUGGGGAUCUUCUUCCUGUCUCAGACUGCACUGGGAAUGCUGGGGAACUCAGCCUUGCUUUGUUGUUUUAUCAUUGCUGACUUCUCUGGAAUCAGGGCGAAGCCCACAGACCUAAUUGUCAAACACCUGACCUGGGCCAACUUCAUAGUUCUCUGCAGAGGAAUCCCACACACCAUUGCUGCUUUUAGUCAGACUUACUAUCUCGAUUAUGUUUCAUGUAAACUUGUCUUAUAUUUUCAUAGAGUUGGCAGAGGAGUAUCCCUUGUCUCUACAUCCCUUCUGAGUGUCUUUCAGGCCAUCACCAUCAGUCCCAGUAAUUCUAAGUGGGCACAGCUGAAGAUCAGAGCCCCCAGUAUCAUUGGUCCUUCCCUAGGCCUGUGCUGGGCCCUCCAGCUGUUGAUAUACGCCUUUAUUCCAGUGUAUAUAACUGACAUAAGGAGUGGGAGAAAUGUUACUGGGAUAAAGUUUUUUGAAUACUAUGCUGUUGUGAAUCCUGGGAGACAAAUUGACACACUUAAUGCAAUCCUAUUGACAUCCAAUGAUGUCAUGUUUUUGGGACUGAUGAUGUGUGCCAGUGGCUACAUGGUGUUUAUCUUGCUCAAACACAAGCAGAGGGUCCAACACAUCCACAGAUGUCUGGCUGCUAUGUCAUCCCCUGAGACCAGAGCCACUCAAAGCAUCCUAACCCUAGUGAGCAGCUUUGUGUUCUUCUACGCAACCUCUAUUGUCAUUACAUCUUACCUGUCUGUCCUUGAGGGAACCAGUUCGUGGGUGUUUAAUGCAGGUGUAGCCAUGGCUGCUUGCUUCCCAGCAUUCUGCCCCUUUCUGCUCAUUAGACACCACACCUCCAUUUUCAGGCUCUGCUGUCCCAGUUCUUACCAGACAACAUUCUGUGCUUGUGUUAUCAGGGAACUCUAAAAGCUGUGUUGUCUGCAUCUCCCUUUCCAUGUCUCAGGGGUUGGAAGACUGUUCAUUCAGAGGACCUGGG